GCUUGUGAUGUAAAUGUGAAAGAAUGUGUUGAUAAAUUACUUUUGGGGUCAGCUCAUCCCGUAGCGUAGGCCUAUACAUGUAGUUAACGCUGUUGAAUAUAGGCCUUAUAGUCCUGCUGAGGUUAUUCAAGGAUUUAGCUCAUGGUACCGCGUACAUGAACUACAGCCGGCAUCCGCGGCCAGCGCGAGCUGAAGGAACAGACAAGUGUCAACAUAAGCCUGCGGUGUGUAGCGGCCAUUGUUGCCCAGCUGCUGACUGCCAGGUUAGAGCCAUGGCUUAACUGCAGUGACAACGUUGGGCCCUACUGUCUGGUUCAUUGUUAUUAAUUGAUAAUGUCCAAGAGAACGUUACUGGAAAAUGACUUUUUUAUCUGACGUAACUCAUCUGAUGUUCUAACUAAGAGCUGCCAGCUUACAGCAUUCGGACUCAUGGACGUGGCGAUUGCAGUGGCUAGCUGGGCCGUGGUGCUUCUUGGCUUGAGCGUGGCUGUAGACGCGUUUGCCGUAAGGCGGGUUAUAAUUGGUUGCUUGGCCUCUUCGAGAGACGACCCUUCAGUAGAGUUGGCCAGACAAAUUGCAGACGGAAUCGAAGACCCACAGAUACAAGUAAAAGGGAUAUACAAAGAAUUUAACAACAGCUUUGACGAGGUUUUGUCGGCUUUUGAAUUCCUGACCAGUGAGAAUAUUUCGGCCGUUGUCGGACCAUUCCAGGAGACGUACGAAGUGAUCACGGAAAGUUUGAAGAUUCCAUACCUAGCCACGACCUGGGUACCGCUCAAAACACAGUCUCUGCAGAUUGUGCAGAUCUAUCCAGAUGCCGAGACGUUCGAAGCUGCUGUUGUUGAUGUUGUCAACUAUUACUCAUGGUCGCAAGUCACGGUUAUUUAUGAUUCGAAGGAAGGAAGCCAUGUUAUUGAGCAACUCUUACAUCGGCGGACUAUAGACGUUAAUGGGCACAAGGUGAGUGCUGUGGACAGCCAGGAAGGAGCCAUGCAGCUGAAGGAGACUUUGAUACAGAUCCGGGACAGGGGCAGACUGGAAAUCGUUGUUGUUUGCUCUCCAUCAACCACGCACACAAUUAUUAAACAGGGGUUAUAUUUGGGAUUGCUGUCAACCAGAAACAAAUGGCUCAUAGUGAACAUGGGCACAGAAGAGGCCAACUUGACGGACUUUGUAGACUCCAAUGCUAACGUGACUAUCCUGAGUGUGAAUCGCGACGAGGAGCAUAACUCCAGCAUUUGUCAUCUCGGAUUCAGUCAGUCCAUUCUUCAUGACGCCAUUCACGUCUACGCCGCCAUGACAAGGAACGUCCAAAACAAGACGGUGACGGUUCACGGAUGUACAGGUGCACUGCAAGUAAUCCCGGGGGGUACCAGAGGCAAUCAGUUCCUACAGCUUUACACAUUAGACGGUCUCAGAGGAAAAGCCAAGGGCACUUGGACGUCCGGGGCGAACGACGUGAAAACACGGAUUGACUUUAACCGGACGUACAGUGACCGAACACGUACCAGCCAUGCUGAGUUUGGUAGAAGAACGCUUAUAGUUACCACCAAGAUAGAGAAACCUUAUGUGCAGUGGAAGAGAGGAUUCGGGAAUUCUACCAAUGAUUCCACCGACCAUCUGGAGGGCUAUUGUAUUGACAUUCUACGAGAACUGGCUUACCGCUUCGGGUUCAAGUAUUCCAUUUAUCUGGUACCUGAUGGAAAGUUUGGCAGCUUGAAGGAUGAUGGCUGGACAGGCAUGAUUCGGGAGCUCAAAGACAAGGAAACUGAUAUCGCAAUGGCACCGUUCAGCGUCACCCCAGAAAGGUCACAAGUGGUGGACUUCACCAAACCUUUCCAGAUCAAAGGCACCUCUACAAUUGUGAAAAUCCCAGAGAGACACGUAUCCGUAUUCCAGUUCCUAGCGCCAUUAUCCAAAGUAGUUUGGGUCAGUAUCUUUAUAUCCUUCUUGGCGGCCAGUUUUGUCCUUUUCGCCAUCAGCAGGAUAAAUUCGGAUCGCAAGCCCAAAACGCUAGACAACUUCCGGGAGUGUUUUUGGUACAUAUGGGCCGCGCUGCUCCGUGGCGGGACUUCCGGUGUGCCGAAUGCCACGUCUAGUCGAACCCUGAGCAGCGCCUGGUGGUUCUUCUCGCUGAUUGUUGUCGCCAUCUACACGGCGAAUCUAGCCGCCUUCCUGACUCUCACGAACGUCAACAUCCCCAUUAACUCGGCCGCCGACCUGGCAUCUCAGAACAUCUACGAUUACGGCACGGUGGACGGAAGCCAGAUAGAGUACUUCUUCAAGCACACCAAGAUUAGCGCCUAUGAGAAGAUGUACGCGCACAUGUCGGUUCUCUCCCCUGAGUCCAUGGUCCGCAGGGUGGAGCACGGAUUGGAAAGGGUCAGGAAAGAGAAGUACGCAUUUCUCUGGGACUCGCCUACACUAAGGUACAUGAUCCAAUCGAGGUGUGACCUGCUGGAAAUAGGCUCACCGUUCGACCUAAAGGGCUACGGGUGGGCUGUGCAGAAGGAUGCUCCUUACAAAGACGCCCUAUCUCUGGGGCUGCUCAGGUUGAACGAUGAAGGUUAUCUUCAAAAGUUCGAGAAACGAUGGUGGGGGCGUUCUGGUUGCCCGGAUAUGAAGCAGACGGCGUCCACGAAGGAGCUUGAGUUUAAGAAUGUGGCGGGAAUUUUUCUGGUACUCGCGGGAGGGGUGAUCUUAUCCGCUCUCCUUUGUGUCGCCAACUUCAUCAUUUACAAACGGAAAGAGGCAGUCAAGAGCCGGAAGAAAGUCUCGGAAGAGAAUGCUUGGCCAUUAAAAUCGGAGAACAACAGCAGCAAAUGGUAUCCGGAUUCAUCUUACAGCUGAACGCUGACGCGUUUGUGAAAAGCUAUGGAAACCACUGAAUAAUCAUGACUCAGGACCAACACUCUUCCACACUCGAUUUGGAGAAAAGCUAAGAGGUUCGAACCCAUGAGUCGCCCAAGGUCAUUCCAGACGGAUGUGCUAUUCCUCUAUGGAUCAACCAGCAAUGACUACAAGACCGUUCUUCCGUUCCUGGAAAUCGGAUAUGAACGGCAUAUGCUUUGGCUGGACGCACCGCUUUGGUAGGUUCUGGUGUUCUCACCUCAUAUCUCUUCCCUAAAGCUGGACUGCUGCGUAAAAUCCCUGAGUAUGUUGAAGAAUGCUGCUCAGUGAUAAACUGCAUUAUCUUGCCCGUUAAAAAGAUUAAUAACUGUGUAUAAGUAUCAUUGUUUCUGUACCAAUUUACAUAUUACCAACACAGGAUGUACGGACUCCUGCACACUAUAUCACCAAUCCGGGGCAUACAGACUCCUGCACACUGUAUGACCGAUCCAGGAUAUACAGACUCCUGCACAUUAUAUGACCGACCCAUGAUGUACAGACUCCUGCACACUGUAUGACCGAUCCAGGAUGUACGGACGCCUGUACACUACAUGACCAGUCCGGGGUGUUCUGACUCCUGUACACUAUAUGACCAAUCCGGGAUGUACGGAGUCCUGUACACUAUAUGACCAAUCCGGGAUGUACGGAGUCCUGUACACUGCAUGACCAAUCCGGGGUGUACUGACUCCUGUACACUACAUGACCAAUCCGAGGUGUACAGGCUCCUAUACACUAUAUGAACAAUCCGGGGUGUACGAACUCCUGUACAGUACAUGACCAGUCCGAGGUGUACAGGCUCCUGUACACUAUAUGACCAAUCCGGGAUGUCCUGCACACUAUAAUCAAACUUGGGUUCUACACCAAAAAUAUUUACCUACGCAGGUCUUAAUUUAUUUCUGAACAAGUACCAAUCUAACGAGCCUCAGGAUACUAUAAUCGAAUUGGGGUUAUAUUCUUGUGUACACUAAGUGUUAUAUAUUAAGUGAUUUUAUGUAAGACUACCUAUAGAUAAUGCGCAUGCUUGAUUCAGCGGGACUGGGAACAGUUUACUUACUGGAGAGUUGAAGGAAAACAAGUAACUCACAGCAUAUAAAUAUGGACAAUUUUUUUGUUAUACAUACAUAAAAGUAUAACUCCCUUUGCAUUUAGACAGAAACCUUGUUGUUGACCUAAAAGUGAAAGUGAAAGCGAAACAAUAUUACAUCUCUGUGUAAAAUGUUCCAAUGUUGCUCAGUCAUCACCACCGGGAAUUCCAGCGUGUGCUUUGGCUAUUGUAUAGCCCGCUGAAUGGGUUUCUGCUGAACAUUCAUGUUGUAAAAUCGCUCGCGCGGGAAUACUGUAUGAUGGUCAGCCCUAGUCCACACUAUCAGUUCAGUUUAUUGUCAAAAUAUUAAGCCUUUUAAAAUAACCAGGAAAUGUUGGGUUUAUUGUCAUCAUGCAAUAUUCCAAAUUUACUGAAUAAUACUGAAUAUAUUGUCUACAUAAGGGCCCAACUUACUUCUUAGUUGAAAAAGGUUUGAUCAGAUUGUUGUAAACGUUGUUGGCCUUAUACAUUCAGUUGGGAAUUUUUCGUGCCUGAACUAAUUUAAUUUAUUUUAUUUGAUUGGUGUUUUACGCCGUGCUCAACAAUAUUUCAUUUAUACGACGGUGGCCAGCAUUAUGGUGGGAGGAAACCGGGAAGAGCCCGCGGGAAACCCACGGCCAUCCGCAGGCUGCUGACAGACUUCCUCAGGUACAGCCGAACAGGAAGUCAACAUGCGCUGGACGAACUCACAGCGAUCGCAUUGAUGGGAGGCCCCUGGGUCAUUACGCAGUGCUAGCGCGACUGAACUAAUUACUUCCAAGCAUCAUUCUCAGCUGCACGCAUGUCUACAUAGAAACAGGGACGUAGUAUUAUAGAAUGUAACCAAGGAGUAUACCGCUUGGACCGAGUAGAUUUAGGCGUGUGGUCCCCAAAAGUAGGAUAUUUUAUGUUUGUAUUUUUAUUCAUGGCUUGUACAUAGUAGUGUUAACUCCAUUCUGGUGACACAGCAGGCAUGUCAAUGUAUUACUAUAACAGUUUUUUUUACUUUAACAGUCAUUACAUAACCAAUUUGUUGAUCAAGACUGUACAUACUGCCAUACAUGUUGUACAUAG